AAAAAAAAAUAACCUGAAUUGGGAUUUCCCUUUGGGAUUUGCACCGACUAUGCGUGUAAUGGGGGAAAUAGCAUAUAUGUGUAUGUGUAUGUGUGUGUUGGGGCGGGGGGCAUCACGAAAAAAUGUUCUUCCCUUUUAAAAUUUUUUUUUCAGACGUUAAAUUCUUUUGCAAACAUUCAUGCCUAAGGAAGGGUUGGAACAAACCUGAGCCGCCUGAACCGGUCAGACAGGUAAGGAGGCUUGUUGACACCGUUAUGUUUGCAGGGCGCAUGCUCACUCCCAAGUUUCCUGGUGCAUUUUCUAUUCCACCUUAUGAAACUUUUUUUUUCUCCGUGUGGUCUCACCCACGAUUUAAGAAAUAAGCGACGAGCUGGCGGAAAGAUCGAGGCCAGGGUGGGGGCCCAGCUGGGACACCAGAGGGCUAGGGGCCCUGGGGGGAGUACAGGGGAAAGGCGAGGCGAGGCGAGGCGAGGAGAGGCGGGAAGGUGGGGUGGGGAACCCUGGAAUCCCCGGGUAGGAGAAGCAGCCGCCUCUUGCGGAGUUCUGAGAGAGAAAGACAAGAGGGGGACAAGGGGGCUGCUAGCCGCGCGGAAAAGUUCAGGGGCGCGAGCUCGCCAGUCUAAGAGGGGGGAGCUUGAACCAGGUAAAGGUAAAGGGUACUCGAACCGCUCUCCCCUAUUCUUCCAAACCCCACCAUGCCCAAAGUCUUCCUGGUGAAGAGAAGAAACCCAGUGGCUGCGAUCCGCAGUUGGGAUGAGCUCCCCGACGAGGAAAGAGCCGACACCUACAUCCCAGUGAGCCUGGAUUGCAUGCUCCACUACAGCACCGAGGACUACCGCAGCGAGAGCAGCAGCAGUAGCAGCAGCGAGAGCGGCGGCGGCGGCAGCAACGGGGACCCCGGGGGCGCCGACCUCUGCUGCCUGGAGAGCAGCAGUGGAGGCUCCGUGCAGGAGCCAGAGCCCUCGGACCAUCUCGCUCCCCAGUCGGCAGCCCCGGAGCCCAGGACCAACGAGGAGCCAGGGCUGCACCUGGCAGGAAAGCGUCCGACCGCCAGGUCUAAAAUCAAGUUCACAACAGGGACCUGUAAUGAAGCUACAGUGUAUAGCUGCGAGCUCUGCGGCAAAGGCUUCCGUCUCCAGCGAAUGCUCAACAGACACCUCAAGUGCCACAACCAGGUGAAAAGGCACCUGUGCACCUUCUGUGGCAAAGGCUUCAAUGAUACUUUUGAUUUGAAAAGACACGUUCGGACUCACACAGGUAUCCGCCCUUACAAAUGUGACAUCUGCAACAAGGCCUUUACCCAGCGCUGCUCCUUGGAGUCUCACCUGAAGAAGAUCCACGGGGUGCAGCAGCAGUACGCGUACAAACAGCGCCGGGACAAGCUGUACGUCUGUGAGGACUGCGGCUACACCGGCCCUACCCAGGAGGACUUAUACCUGCACGUGAACAGUGCCCACCCCGGAAGUGCUUUCCUCAAAAAGACAUCGAAAAAACUGGCCGCCAUUUUACAGACAAAGCUGACUUCUGUUCUCCAGAGGAAUGCCAAACUGAGCGAGGAGGACAAGUGAAGGGGCAGGGACUGACGCUAUGAAGUUUACAUGUUUGAUAAGUUUAUAUGCUGGUUUUGUUCCCCCCUUUCUUUUUAGAUUUUUUUUUUAAUUAAGAAACGUUCAGAUCUCUCUGUCUCUUCAAGAUAGUGGUCUCCUCCUUUGAUCUGUUAUGAUACCGUCACUUAUAUAAUGUUGGUGUCAUCUUGAAACUGAGAGAAGUUGAAGCAAGACUUGCCAAAAGGUUGUCCUGUGUUUUGUUUUGAUUUUUUUAAACAGGGGCCACUGCUGUGUUUUGUACAAUCGUUGUUAAGACUCUGUACAGAGAUCUUCGUGAAGACACUACCAUUUUUAUUCUGUGAGAUCCUGGGUCACUGGUACCAUGAAGGAAAGUAUCCUCUCUCAGAUGUUGUUAGAAUGAGAGUGGGAUUAUUUCCUUUCUAAGUGAGUUUACAGAAAUUAUUUUAAUAAAUGAAAUGGCCCUAUAAACCUUUUUUUUUUCUAAGAAGAGAUCAACUAUAUUUUCUUGUCAGGCUUUAUGGUAUGAACUUUGACUUCAGAUUGUGUUUUUGAUUGUUUUUGUGAUUGGUUGGGAAGGGAGUUAAAAAAAAAAAAAAGACAUUGAGGCAGUUGAGAGCUGGGGCAAAAACAUCAGCUAAAGCUGUACAAUGUCUAAAAUGCAGAUCUUCAAGAUUUCCUGCCCUCCCUUCGUUUAACAGUCAUGUUGGCACCUUGUGGGCACACUAGCAAGGUGCUGCGGCAACUGUAAAAAAAUAAAAUAAAAGAAGGUAAAUUCACAAA